GUAACGUGAUUGCUUCUUCGGAAGCAGAAACGUGUAAACGCUAUAAAACGCGGCGGCGCGGCGGGCAGCUCAGAGCGUGCGGCGAGACGGAGCUCUUCUCUUCUUCUUCCUCCUCCUCCUCCUCCUCCUCUGCCGCCACCGCCACCGCCCCGGCAGCCGCGCAGCGGGGCAGGGCGCAGCUCCGCAGCUCCGCUCCGCUCCGCGCCCGCCCAGCCAGCCCCACCGACGGACUCGCGGCUCCGUGGCGGCCAUGGAGCACCGCGGCGCCUCCCCGCUCCUCCUCGCCCUCGCCCUUCUCAGCGCCCUUUGCUGGCGGGGGCGGGCGCUGCCCCCCCGGGGGGCCGCCUUCCCCCCCGUCCCGCGAUUGGGAAACAGAAUGCCAUUUGAUGGAGCCAGUGAACCUGACCAUGCCCACGGAUCAUUAAAGUCUGAGUCAGACAUUUUGCAGAACACACUACCUGAAAAUGAGAAAUUCUAUUUUGAUCUGUCCAGAAUUAUUGACAGAAAUGCAAGGCACGCUGAUGGAAUUUUCACCAGUGUCUACAGCCAUCUUUUGGCUAAACUUGCUGUGAAGAGAUAUCUGCAUUCGCUUAUUAGAAAACGAGUUAGCUCCCAGGACAGUCCUGUCAAACGCCACUCUGACGCUGUCUUCACUGACAAUUACAGCCGCUUUCGGAAGCAAAUGGCUGUGAAGAAAUACUUAAACUCAGUUUUAACUGGGAAGAGAAGCCAGGAAGAGCUAAACCCCGCUAAACUUCGAGAUGAAGCAGAUGUUCUUGAACCUUCCUUUUCAGAAAACUAUGAUUCUGUAGAUGAGCUGCUGAGCCACCUCCCACUGGACCUCUGAAGGACACCUGGUUAAAGUCUAUGACAAGAACAAGCUAUUUUUGAGUUCCACAUAGUAUUUCAAAGAGAUGACUUCAGUCAUCAAACCAGAACAAAUAUGUUGUGAAGUGAAAGUUGUGAUAUAUUUGUUUCUUAUGUAAUAAAAGUUGAUAUUUACAUUGUAAAUACUACUCUAGAGUUCUCUACUGAAAGCUGUACAUAUGGAUGCCAGUUUAACUCAUGAAAAGUCUGUGAGUCCAUAUGCUGUAAAUCCUUUACUUCAAUAAAUUCAUUUGAAAACGAGUAUGCAGCUGAAAAGAGACCAUCAUUACUAAUUAAUUGGCUUAUUUUAAGUGUGGUACAACUUCAGAUAAGCCUGUAUGAUAAUAGGGAUAUAUUUCCAAAUAACUUCAAUAAACAGGUGUAAAAACAUGAGGAAAAGCAUGUGCAAAGUGUGUAAAACUGCAUUACUAAGAUCUCUGAAGGUUACUGCCAAGCGGAAGGGAAUGCUUUUCUACCAUCUUACCAAGCACCUAGGGAAAAUGAAAAAGCAUUAAAAAUUAUUUGGCCUCCAGCAGCAUCUUUCCUUCCUGCUCACAUGUUUAAUAUUUCACAAUAUACAAGGUGUAUUAAGACCAGAAAUGUAUCUUUUAUCUUCAGUUGUGUUUUGGAUGCUCUGGAGCUGACAAAUCAUGCAGAGAAUAUUAU